GAUGUACCUAAAGGCACCACGAGAACACGUGCUGGAGCCUUCUGGAAGCCGACGCUCCUUUCUUCAGCGCCCGACAAGUGCGAACUCCCUGCCAGCGCUACUUUUUACUUUGACUCCGCUGGUUGAGCUGCUUCGCCAUGUCUGCCGUUAAAUCUCUGAACCCGAAAGCGGAGGUGGCCCGGGCCCAGGCCGCACUGGCGGUUAACAUCAGUGCCGCCCGGGGGCUCCAGGAUGUGCUGAAAAGUAACCUGGGACCGAAGGGGACCAUGAAAAUGUUGGUGUCUGGCGCAGGAGACAUAAAGCUGACCAAAGACGGAAAUGUCUUGUUACACGAGAUGCAAAUUCAGCACCCGACAGCAUCCCUCAUUGCUAAAGUUGCCACAGCCCAGGACGACAUCACAGGAGACGGGACCACCUCAAAUGUCCUCAUCAUCGGCGAGAUGCUGAAGCAGGCUGACAUGUACGUGUCAGAGGGUCUUCAUCCUAGAAUCAUUGCUGAGGGCUUUGAGUCGGCGAAAGAGAAAGCCUUGGCUCUUCUGGAGGACUUGAAGGUGACAAAGGAAAUGGACAGAGAGACCCUCAUCCACGUAGCUCGCACCUCCCUCAGGACCAAGGUCUACGCAGAGCUGGCCGACCUGCUCACUGAGGCUGUGGUCGAUGCUGUGCUGGCCAUCUCCAAACCUAAUGAGCCCAUCGACCUGUACAUGGUGGAAAUCAUGGAGAUGAAGCACAAGACCGACUGCGACACACAGCUGAUCAGAGGUUUGGUGUUGGACCACGGAGCCAGACACCCAGACAUGAAGAAGAGGGUGGAGGAUGCCUACAUUCUGACCUGCAACCUCUCUCUGGAGUACGAAAAGACAGAAGUCAACUCCGGUUUCUUCUACAAGAGCGCCGGGGAGAGGGAGAAGCUCGUGGCUGCAGAGAGGAAGUUCAUCGAGGAUCGCGUGCAGAAAAUAAUCAGCUUCAAGAACAAAGUCUGUCCCAAUGGAGAGAAGGGGUUCGUCGUCAUUAACCAGAAGGGCAUCGACCCGUUCUCCCUGGACACCCUCGCCAAGGAAGGCAUCGUGGCCCUGCGCCGGGCGAAGAGAAGGAACAUGGAGAGGCUGACCCUCGCUUGCGGUGGCAUUGCCAUGAAUUCAAUUGAGGACCUCACACCCGAGUGCUUGGGACACGCUGGGUUGGUUUAUGAACACACACUGGGAGAGGAGAAGUACACAUUCAUCGAGGACUGUAGCAACCCCCGCUCCGUCACCCUGCUGGUGAAGGGACCCAACAAACACACCCUCACACAGAUCAAAGAUGCUGUCAGGGAUGGUCUGCGGGCCGUCAAGAACGCCAUUGAAGAUGGUUGCGUGGUGCCUGGCGCCGGUGCUUUCGAGGUGGCUGUGGCCGACGGUCUGGUGAAACACAAGCCCAACGUGAAGGGCAGAGCCCAGCUGGGAGUCCAGGCAUUUGCAGAUGCUCUCCUAGUCAUCCCCAAGGUUUUGGCCGUGAACUCUGGCUACGACCCCCAGGAAACCCUCCUGAAGCUGCAGACAGAGUACAAAGAGUCUGGGCAGUGUGUUGGAGUGGACCUCAGCACAGGGGAACCCAUGGUGGCAGGAGAAGCAGGCGUUUGGGAUAAUUACAGUGUAAAGAAACAGCUUCUCCAUUCAUGCACGGUCAUUGCCAGCAACAUCCUGCUGGUGGAUGAGAUCAUGAGAGCUGGAAUGUCUUCUCUGAAAGGUUAAAGGUCAUCAGAAGAAGCCGCAGCUGUUGUCAUACUCGGAGGGAUAGUUGUUUACCUGACGGUUCAACGUGUUCCCGCUAUAGGAACUUUGAAACCCCCCCCCCCCCCAGUCAGAUGGACGGCCCACUGUACUCCCACGGCCUCCGUCACAGCGGCAGUCAGAAACCAUUGUUAUGCUUGUCACAGGUUUUUUUUUCAUGGAUUUGUCGACGCCUCCCUUUGGUUUAUUUAUGAGAUUUUGUUAAAAGCACUGACUCCUGCCACUCGGUUCUGUUUCUACCCAUUAAAGAUUUUCAUGGCUCUUGAAAGAUGUGGUUGUUGUUUGUCGUGAAGAGUAAUUGUAUCCAUGCAAUGAAAUUGACUUCAGAGAGUGAGAAUGUGCUCAAACUCAAAAAUAAACUUUUCUGAUGUAAUGAGCUAUACAAAUAGUGGCACAAUAACAUAUUGAAAUGCAAUGUC